AUGACAGAAGAGAUUAAAUUGAACUCGUCGAAGUUAGGUACUCAGGAGUACUGGAACGAAUUCUAUAAAAAGGAAUUGGAAAAUUUUCAAAGCAACAGUGAUGACACUGGUGAAUGUUGGUUCGAUGACUCUGAUGCAGAGUCCAAAAUGAUACAAUUUGUAGCAGAAAAACUAGAGGACGGUGAGUUAGGGGACGCCACUCUGUUCCUUGAUUUGGGAACAGGGAAUGGACAUCUACUUUUCAAAUUGCUGCAAGAGUUGAAAGAUUUCAACAAAUCAUUUACUUUUCAUGGAAUAGAUUAUUCAGCAGAAUCGAUUAGAUUUGCCAAAGACAUCGCAGAGAAGAAGUUCCCAACAACUUCAUUCAAGUUUGAUCAAGUUGACUUAUUGGGCAAUACACCACUUCUAGACAAUAACUUCGACGUACUAUUGGACAAAGGCACUUUAGAUGCAAUUGCUUUAAAUCAAAAUCUCAUCAAUGGAAAGAGAGGAAUGGACAUAUACGCAAGCCAAGUCUCAAAGAUGAUGAAAAGAGGCUCUGUCCUUCUAAUCACUUCCUGUAAUUUCACGGAAGAAGAGCUUGUCAAAGUGAUCACAUCUGGUACCGAAUUGAGAAAAUGGGAUCAGAUUACGUACCCGAGUUUCCAAUUCGGUGGUAUAAAUGGUUCAACCGUUGUAAGCAUCGCGUUUAUUAAGUAA